AUGGACAGCAAUAGGACUGCUCUCAAGCCCGAUAUGACCGAUGCAUCCGUCCCAACAUGGCAGGACGCGCCGGCAACUUAUGAGGAAACAUCAGGACGAUCCAUUGCAGAAGCCAACGAAUACAGUACAGAGAUUCACAUCGUUGAUCAUCUUCGGGAUGUACUCCAAGAGACGGAACAAAAAAUUUCGGCUCUUCGAAACAGACAUGCCAUAUGGGGUUACUUGAACACUGCGCUGAAACCAUUGCGGUAUCUGUGCAGCCUAGCCAAGUUGGUCACUAAACUCACGCAAUUUACACCUGCAUACACCGUUCUCAGUGCUGUGUUAUAUCUGCUGAAGGCUGUUGAAGGGCCUCAUUCCCAGACUCGUAUCAAUCCAAACCUGGAGGAGAUACUCACAAAGCUUAUCUACGUUGAUUUAGAAAUCUUUGCCCAAGCCGAGAGACCGAUCAAGAAACGUAACAUUGUUGAGUUUAUGUCAACAGCGUUUUUGGGAAAGGACCUGGAGGUUGAAUACUUGUUGGUGAAACGUAAUCUCAUCUUGGAAGAGCUUGAGGCAGCGACGAGUAAUGCCGUGUGA